UGGGGCCAAUUUUUUUUCCUCUCCUUUUUGUUGUCUCCUGGCUCUCAAUUGAUGGAUGGUGGUGGGAAGAGGAGGAAGAAGCGAGGGGCCGGCAGAGGGUAGAGAGGAGGGAGGAGGCGGCGGCGACGCAGUGUCGAAGAAACAUGGUAAAGGAGGAGAUCGUCCAUAGCUUGUCUGUGUCCCUAGCUCGAAACUGUUUGAUUAGUUUUCAGCUAGCUUCCUUUUGUGGUUGUUGAUUAGUGCAGCGAAUUUUGGGGGUUUCUUCUCUCCUGUUUUGUCUUUAAGGAUCAAGAGGAAAGGAGGAGUGGAGAGAGCGCGGCCGGGGAGAGUGCCAUUAGAGGAAGAAGAAGAAACCAAAGAGAGAGAUAUAGAUCGCCAUCAAGUAGGUAGAAAAUGGCAUCAGCUUCCUCGUCGUCACCUUUCCAUGGAAUUAGAGAUCGAGAGGAACAUCUACAAAAUCGGAUGAAGACGGCCACGACGACACCGCCCGAUCAUGAGCUUCAGCAACAGUCUUCUUCUUCGGCGGCGCCGGCAAAGAAGAGAAGAAGCCAACCAGGGAAUCCAAAUCCCGACGCGGAGGUGAUCGCGCUGUCGCCGACGACGCUGAUGGCGACGAACCGGUUCGUGUGCGAGGUGUGCAACAAAGGGUUCCAGCGGGAGCAGAACCUGCAGCUCCACCGGCGCGGCCACAACCUGCCGUGGAAGCUCAAGCUGAAGAGCUCCAAGGAGCCGCCGCGCCGGAAGGUGUACCUCUGCCCCGAGCCCUCCUGCGUCCACCACGACCCCGCCCGCGCCCUCGGCGACCUCACCGGCAUCAAGAAGCACUUCUGCCGCAAGCACGGCGAGAAGAAGUGGAAGUGCGACAAGUGCGCCAAGCGCUACGCCGUCCACUCCGACCUCAAGGCCCACGCCAAGACCUGCGGCACUCGCGAGUACCGAUGCGACUGCGGCACCCUCUUCUCCAGGCGCGACAGCUUCAUCACUCACCGAGCGUUCUGCGACGCGCUGGCGCAGGAGAGCACGAGGUUGCCGGCGGCGGGGUGCGUCGGCGGUGCCGCAGCCCUCGGGAAUCACCACCACCUCUACGGAAGCGGCAUGAUGCAUGCGCCGGUGAAUCUGUCUCAGGUGGGCUCGCAGCAGCUCUCGUCGCUUCGAGACCAAAGCAACGAUGCGUCGCAGUUUCAUCAGCAGCUUGUCAAUCCCCUGAGCGGCUCUCCGGCGCAGUUUCGGUCGACGACUCCGACGGCGAACUUCUACCUCGGGAACGGCGGCGUGCAGGACUUCAACGCUGAGGAGCAGUCGUCUCUGCUGCAAAGGAAGCCUUUUCAUGGCCUGAUGCAGCUCCCGGAUCUGCAAGGAAAUGCCUCUUCGAGUAACUUUUUCAACCUCGGGUUCUUCUCCAACAAUAAUGCCGUCGACGGCGGCGGCGGCGGCGGUGCCGACCCGACCUCGUUCUUCUCCGGCAACCUCAUCGUCGAUGGGCAGAUGGCUUCUCCUUCUCUUUACGACACCGAGUCAUCCUCGUCAGUCCACCCGCGGAUGUCCGCCACUUCGCUGCUGCAGAGAGCAGCCCAAAUGGGCUCCACCACAAGCGCCGGCCCCGGCGGCGGCGGAUCCUUACUACUGGCAGGAUUCGGCAACCCCAAACCGCCGCCCCCAAGCUUCGGCGGCGGCCUAGAUGCCUUUCACACCGACAUGGACAACGUGGCCAGCUUCCAAAACAUAAUGAACGCGUUCGCAAACGGAGGCACCGCCGGCCCCGGCCUGUUCAGCAGCGUCGCGGGGUUCGGCGAAGGCGCUCCACGACACGACCCACGGGAACUGACCCGCUUCGUCAGUACUGGACUGGAUGAUCCAGUCGACACCAAGUUCAAUCUCGCCGGCGGUGGCCUUGGCGGCUCCGACCACCUGACCAGAGACUUCCUCGGAGUCGGCGGCAUGGCGAGGAGCAUCGGAGGCGGCGCCGCCGCCGCCGCCAUGUCCCUAAGGGAACAGGUUCACGGCAUGGACGUGAGCAUGCUGGAUCCUAAAUGACGAACCACAUAGCUCAACAAGGUGAAACCAAUCGAUCAAAAGCUCAAUUAGCUGCAUGCUCAAUCUAAUAAACUAUGUUUCAUGUACUUAAUUAGCAUCCUUAAAUUCUCUCAUAGACACAAUGUUAAGUCAUAAUUUUCUUUCUUUAAAAAAUAUAUAUAUAUAUAUUUCCA